GGACGUCGCACUCUUGUUAUCUCGUGGGGCGGGCCCAUCACGCGCCCCAAUCCACCUAUCUCUUCGUAUGACCUGGAUUGACCCUGCAGCCCCAUCUCGUAUAAAAUCCAGGCGGCCCGGCCAAGCCUAGUUCCCAGCGAGGAGUGCCUUCCCUCUGCAAGUCGACGGUCACGUACCAGGCCGAGUUCGCCGCUACCAGCAUCUCAACCAUGGCUGAGCCGGUGUCCCACCUAGUACCUGCGUACGAGGACGAGAAGCAUCUCUCCGACAGCUCUUCCGUCGAGAAGAAGCUCGAAGACGAUGUCGUCGAUGCGCAGCUCGUCAAGGAGGUCGAGGAGAUGGAGGACCGCAUCGCCAACGACGAGGCCACCGAAGCUGAGUACCGUGUCGAGGAGGCCUACGAAGUGGCGGUGAAGGUCUUGUCCGCGAGGGACGACCCCGAGCUUCAAGCGGUCACCUUCCGUACCGUCUUCUUAGGCCUUGGCUUCUCGGCGUUCGGCGCAGUGUUAGCGCAGAUCUACUACUUCAAGCCCCAGACGCUCAGUGUCUCGACGCUACUCUUGCUCAUCCUGUCGUAUUGGUUCGGUAAUGGAAUGCACAUGAUCAUCCCUACCAAGGGCUGGUGGCGCUGGCUCAACCCUGGUCCUUUCAACAUCAAGGAGCACACGGCCAUCAUCAUUAUGUCUUCCACAGCUUCCCACUCUGCAGUUGCAAUUCAGGUCAUCUCCGUGCAGAACUUGUUCUACAACAAUGAAGUGAACCCCGGCAUUGCGAUCUUCACAUUAAUCGGAUCGCAAUUAAUUGGGUAUGGAUAUGCCGGUUUGCUAGCAGAUACACUUGUGCGCCCGACAAGAUGUUUCUGGCCUGCCACCAUCUACACUUCCAACCUGUUCCAAGCACUCCAUUACGACAGGCAGAUGACCUCGAAGCGUGUGCGUCUCUUCUGGGCCAUUUUUGCUGUCAUGUUCUGCUGGGAGAUCAUCCCUGAGUGGAUCUUCCCCCUCCUCACUGGCGUUUCGAUAUUCUGUUUGGCGGAUAACCACUCGUCCGUGAUGCGAAACAUCUUUGGCGGCGCGUCCAACAACGAGGGCAUGGGCCUUCUUGCGGUCUGCCUCGAUUGGAACCUGAUUGGAUCCAGCUGCCUCUGGGCACCGCUCUGGCUGCAGGUCAACCAGGACAUCGGUAUCUGCCUCACGUACAUUCUCAUGUCUGCCGUGUACUACGGAAACCUCUGGAAGGCCAGCAGCUUCCCGUACAUGAGCCAGGACAUCUUCUCGGAGAACGGCUCCGUGUACAACCAGACUGCGCUGCUGAGCGACGGCAGAUUCAACGCCACGAAAUACGAAGAGCUCGGGCCCGCGUACUUCUCUGCGACGAACGCGCUCUACCUGAUCACGUCGAACCUCUCGCUCGGUGCGAUCGUCACGCACAUUGCACUCUACCACCGCAACGAUCUCAAGCCGUUCGUCCUCUCGCUCAAUCCGUGGCACAAGGAUAAGCACCUCGUACACGACCCCCACUGGGAGAAGAUGAAGGCGUACAAGCAGAUCCCGCGCUGGUGGUACUUCGCCAUCCUUGUCGCUGCGUAUGGGAUCGCACAGGCGACCAACUACACUGGAGAUUCGGGCCUACCGUGGUGGGCGGUGACAAUCCUCCUCUUGAUCGGGUUCGUCUUCUGCGCCUUGUACUCCACCCUCGCCGCCACCAUUGGGUUCACCGAGUUUUCCAACUCCGGCAACGGCUUCUUCCAGAUGAUCACCGCGUACAUGGUACCCGGACGGCCCGUCGCGAACAUGUAUGGCGCACUGUACGGCGCGCACCCUCUGCAGCAGGGAAUCGCGUUCUUGCAGGACCUCAAGCUAGGCCAAUACUGCAAGCUUGCGCCGCGCGUUACGUUCUGCAUGCAGAUGGCCGGUACGGUCGUCGGUGCGGUCCUCAACUACGUCAUGAUGUUGUCCGUCAUCGACUCGCAGCGCGACGCGCUCCUAUCGAUCGCCGGAACACGUCUGUGGUCCGGUCAGAACGCCCAGAGCUACAACUCUAACGCGAUUGCAUGGGGUGCGCUCGGCCCGCAGAUGUUUGGCGCGCAUUCGACGUACAAGAUGGUCCCCAUCUCGCUGGCGGUCGGGUUGUUCCUUCCACUGCCGUUCUACAUCUGCUAUCGCAUAUGGCCCAAGGCUGGUUUCCAGAACCUGAACACGUCGAUUAUCCUACAGUACUCGUGCUAUCUCUCUGUUGGCGUGAACACGCAGGUUAAUACGGCGAUGGCGCUGGGUAUCUUCUCCCAGUGGUGGGUGCGCACGCGCUACCCGCGCUGGUUUACGAAGUACAACUACAUCGUCGCAGCGGCCCUCGACGGCGGCACCCAGGUCAUCGUGUUCAUCCUCAACUUUGCCAUCUUUGGCGCGGCAGGUCGCACAGUCCUCUUCCCGGAGUGGUGGGGUAACGACUUCAGCUUGUCUGCCGAUCGGUGCAUGUCGCCUGCAUCAUGAGCUUCAGAGUGAAUUUAGGAUGCCUGUCUCACCUUCGUGUUGAAUUUGGGUUGUCGUGUAAUGUAUCAUUAACAGGGUCUGUCACCCACGGUUGUACUGAGGGUACACUUGGUGAAGAUCUAGCAGUACUAGUCCGGU